GAAAGGAAAAGAGAAGCAGAAGAAAAACGAAUGUAAUUCGAGUUAAGAAAACUUAAACUUGAGGCUCAGUUAAAUGGAGCUACAGUAUCAAACUCAGUUGAAAAUAGUAGCCAAUUCAGUCAUGAAUUAAUUCGUUUGAUGCCAAAAUUUAAAUUAAAUAAAGAUGGCAUAGUCUUGUACCUAUCGCUAUUUGAAAGACAAGCGAAACGAACAAAAGUGGAGACAAUAAGAUUGGGUGUCUGUUUUUUUAUGACUUUACUGCCGUCCGAAAUAGUGCAAAUGAUUGCCAGGGAAUCCGAGGAAAGUUUCGAAGACUAUAAUCACAUUAAAGCAGUUUUAUUAAAGCGGUUCAAGAUGAACGCAGAAAGUUUCCGGAAAAAAUUUGUUCUACAUCAGCGUAGUCCUGAUAAAUCUUGGAGGAAUUUCACAUUUGAAUUAACCAAUUAUUUUCAGGAAUGGAUCGAUGGACUUAGCGUGUCCGACUUCGAUGCUCUAAAGAAUUUGAUGAUCGCAGAUCAACUCAAAAGAAGAGUGCCGCAUGAAGUGCGCGAACAUUUCCUUGAUGAAUGGUCAAAGUUGAUAUCACCAGCCAAGUUAGCAGAUAGGCUCGAUGAAUACGAAAGUAUUCGAAAUACGCAUAAACGAGCUUCGAAAGAGAAAUCACCUGACAAGAGCCGUCCUCGUACACCACCUAUAGAGCGACCAUUUAGGAAUAGAUUUCCUCAGAAUUCAAGUAAUCAUCAGAAACAACAAUUUCCAAAAACUUCAAGGUACGAAGGUCCAAGGCGAUCAUUCAAGCCAACUUGUUAUUCGUGUGGAGUAGAAGGACAUUACUCCAAAACAUGCCCAAAGAAUGAUAAUAAAAGACAUUAUGGUCCAAUCGCUCAAAGCAAUUUGGUUUUAUCAUCUACAACUGAAAAUGAAGUCAAUUCUUCAGUUCUGGCUGUCAGAAUUACAGCACCAGUGUCAAAACAAGCAAAGGACUGUUUCGAUAUAGAUAAGCUUCAAAUGGUCAGCAUUAAGUGUGGUGAUCAGACCCUUACGGUGAUUAUAGAUUCAGGUGCUCAGAUUUCAGUGGUGCGAGAAGGACUUGUUAGAGAUAUACAUUCCGACGGAGAAGGAGUGAUUGAAAUUUCAUCUGCUUUUGGGGAAAGUGAAAUGACACCUCUAAGGAAUUUUUCAAUGAAAUUGGAUGAUGAGUCGCAUGGGAAUGUUACUAUCUCAUGUGCAGUAUCGAAAAAGCUUGUCAACGAUUUGUUGCUCAGCAUAAAAGCUUACGAGGCACUAAAAAACAAUGUACAGAUUCAUAAAAUGGCAAUUGCCGAGGUUAUUUCAAAACAAAGUUCCGAGAGACCAAACGAGCCCGAGGUGCAGUCCUUGGAAAACUCGAUGAGUAAUAUUUCUGUGAUAAAUGGUGUCACCAAAAACGGGACGGAACGUGGAAACGAAAAGCGAGCUGAACUCAUAAGGCUACAAAAGGAAGAUGCAGAUUUGAGGAAUGUGUGGAUUUGGGCCAAAGACAAUGAAAAGUCUUAUAAAAUUCAAAAUGGAAUAUUGGUGCAUUCCGAAACAAUGUUUAGUAAAAAGGUAGAUCAGGUUGUACUUCCAUUGAGCAAAAGACAAGAAGUGUUGAAAAUGACACUCGAAAUACCACUUGCUGGUCACCUAGGUGAGCGUAAAACGAAACAACGCAUCAGGUAUUCAUUUUAUUGCCCUACCAUAACACAUGAUGUCAAGGCGUUUUGUGAGAACUGUGAGACAUGUCAGUUACGAAGACCGAUCACCUAUCGAGAUAGAAUCCCAAUUCAGCGAUCGUAA